AUGUCUUUAAAGGACAAUAUUGCUUUCCUGUUUCUCUUUUCUGUUUUGGGCAAAGUAACUUUGUCUGAAUGUGAAGUGGUAUUGGUGAAUCGAAGUCGUAUCGAUAGCUUUCGUGUUGGGAAAAGUGGCUGUACAAACGACACAAGUGUUUGCCCAAGUUCCGCGACAUGUCAGUCUGACGGUUCGUGUCAGUGCAAAAGUAGUACACCAACCUACCGAAAUCCUGUCAUCAAGACUGACGGUGAAAUAGCUCUGGUAUACGGUGAUUCGUAUGGCUGUGUCAACAAUCUAUUUAUCAAUAUUCGUUUCAGAAAUGGUAAGUGUUUUCACUCAUGCAUCACAAUUAGUGUAACAGUUGAAAUUUAUAUUUGCUUCUACUAUAUGGGAAUACAGUAUUGAACCCGGCCGACUCCCAAGGAAAGCGAAAAAUUGUUCAAGUUAACAAGGUUCUGAGUUAACAGGUGUCGGUUUGCAUUUCGUUUAUGCAUUUAUACGUUUGCCUGUAUUUCAAUUAAGGUUAAUGUCCCCGAGCGAUUAGCGAAGCGGAAUAGUUGAAUUAAUGAAUUUUAAAUUAAAAAAAAUUAAUGAAUUUUUAGCGAUUCCCAGCAGCCUUUGGCGCUCGUAUUCGACAUUUCCGCUUUGCCAACCUUACAAGGAAGCCCCACAUAUCGAUUUUGUCCACGAGAAACGUGGUAUGUUCGUUCCCUGGAGACCAAUCCUCUCCCCCCCCCCUAGAAACGUCACACAUAGUUAUUGAUAUUUUGUUCUUAUAUUACACAUAAGGUAAUUUUCUACUAUUUUCUACGAUCGGCUAUUGGCGAUGCUUCGAGGAAUAUGUCAUCUGCUGGUAUAAUAUUCUCUUUGAACAUCAAAUAUACAAGCUAGUUUUGUUCUCGAGUCUCCAUGUUCUCCCGCUCAUCCUCGUCCACCUGUCACGUGUCCCCCACGUGAUAACAUAGGAUAUUACAGCUGGCAUGUUGUUUUUAUUAAUAUAUGAACUUCAAAACUUCCAAAAUUUCCAAAACAAAUUUUUUGCCUGAGAUAUUGACAAUUAUAGCGCGUUUUUCUUGGAAUUUUAAAUUCUUACAUCUUUUGUCUUUCAGCGCCCGCCUUCUGUCCGUUUAGCCCUUUCCAAGUUAUACCAUACAGUAACCAUGACCCAGCCACAAAAUUCACUCACGGCGAUCCAAACGUAGAAUUGAAGAGUUGUUCUUUAAGAAAAGCUUGGGCAGAGUUUCCAGACAACGCUACAGAAAUGGAACUGCCUGAAUGGUUGGAUGAAACUUACGUUGAUUUGAAAGUUACAAGCAACAUCUUGCGUUUUAAAGUAUGUAAAUUUAAGAAAUGCGGCGUCCAAAUGAAGCUAGGCGUCGCUUCAUAUUCGCUGCUAGUCUGUUAGUUUGUCAGCCUAUAGACCUUUUAUACUCUGCUGGUAAUUAUCGCAAUGGUCAUUUGCCUCGUAAAGGCCUAGUAGAUUUCACAAGUUCUCAAAUUAGUCCCAUAACUUUGUGAUCCAAAAUUGACCAGAAACCAACAACUAAAGCAAUUUAUACUGUCCAGUAGUUAUUAAAUUAACUAUAAAAACAUUUUAUGACUAAACUAAGUUCUAUUUUGUAGUAAUAUUUUGACUCAUUUUGACCUAAUUCGCAACAUAAUAAUAGUGUUGCUUCAAACUUUAUGAUAAAAACCCCGAUUUUCUAGGCGUGUAUACAAAUAAAAAUAGUAAGUUUAUACUUUAAAUGAGUUUAUUUUACCUGUAUCGGUCUAAAUUCGCUGUUAAGUUGCAAAUAAUUCUGUUUGAGAACGCAAUAAUUGGGCAUUUCGCAACCAGGGCAGUUUCAGGGCAGUUUUGGCCUUGUUGUUGGGAAAUCCACUAGGCCUUUUUUUCGCUUGCGCAUCCUUCGCCCUGUCCCCAAAUCAACUAGUUUCAGUCUUUUCAUGUGAAAAAGCGCUAAAUAUUAAAAAAAUAAUAAUAAAAAUAGAAGGCCUAGGUCUAGGCUGUUAGUUUGUGAAUUUGUUUGGAAUCAUGAGCCUUGCUAUUUAUUAAAAAAAUAGUAUAUGUCUUCUCCCUUGUGGUGCCUUGUUUCGCGCUUCUCGUGUGCCGAACGCAUUACAAACAAUAGAUAAUGAGGCAUUUCAUCUGAUUAUAUAUUGUUUUUAAUGCGUUCGGCACAUAAGAAGCCCGACGUUUGAAACAGGCCACAAACUCUUUUCAAUUUUCAUCAUGAGUCCGUUGGGAGAGUCGAACCGAUGAACUCAGAGGUAAAAGGCGGAGGUAUAUGCCAAGUGCGCUCGAGUUAUUAAUUACUUUUACAUUUUUGUUUAGUGGAAAAGAUCAGUUCCCCACUUGCAAGGAACGAUAAUUACGUUCAAUCUCAGAUGCAACCGAGGUUCAGGUGGAUUCGAAUCAAAUUGUCUGCGAGCAAAGGUUCUUGCGCAGUGGAAAUCAGGUAUGCACGGUCCAUGAUGUGCGGGUAUGAUAACGGAUUUUUAUCUUACUUACAUGCCAGGCUAACCUCCAAGUCUUUCAACUCUCCUUAAUCUUUUCCUAUUACGUGUUCAUGCCAUCUCACCUCACACCUUCUUCUGAUCUCUUCAUUCCAUACCGUCUUUGACCGGCUCUCCUUCACCUCUUCCUAUUACGUGUCCAUAUACAAUCUCAACCUUCUUCCCUCACCUUCUCUGAUAAGACUGCAAUAUAUGUCCACCACUCCUUCUGAUCUCUUCAUUCCAUAAUGUCUCUGACCAGCUCUCCUUCAUCUCUUCUUAUUACGUGUCCAUACCAUCUCAACCUUGCUUCCCUCACAUUCUCUGCAAUGUCUACCACACCACACCUUCUGAUCUCUUCAUUCCAUAAUGUCUCUGACCAGCUAUCCUUUAUCUCUUCUUAUUACGGGUCCAUACCAUCUCAACCUUGCUUCCCUCACAUUCUCUGCAAUGUCUACCACACCACACCUUCUGAUCUCUUCAUUCCAUAAUGUCUCUGACCAGCUCUCCUUCAUCUCUUCUUAUUACGUGUCCAUACCAUCUCAACCUUGCUUCCCUCACCUUCUCUGCAAUGUCUACCACACCUUCUGAUCUCUUCAUUCCAUAUCUCUGACCAGUUAUCCUUCAUCUCUUCUUUUUCGUGUCCAUACCAUCUCAACGUUGCGUCCCUCACCUCUGCAAUGUCUACUACAACACACCUUCUGAUAUCUCUUUAUUCCAUAAUGUCCAUGACCAGCUCUUUUUCCUCUCUUCUUAAUUAUUACGUGUCCAUACCAUCUCAACCUUGCUUCCCUCACCUUCUCUGCAAUGCCCUCUCCUGUAUUAUUUUUUGUAAACAUCCCUUCAAAUUUUAAGAUGUCAUUCUUCUUUCAACCAUAAAUAUUAAUAAAAUUUAGAAAAAUUAACCGAAGAAAAAAAGAUAUUGCCGUUUGAUUGUAAAAUUAGACAAUAAAAGCGGAAAAGAUGAAACACUGUUCCUAUUUGUUUAUAUAUCGAUAACAUAAGACUUCUGUACUUUCCUGGAAAUUAUUAUAUUGCCCUGUUUUAUUAAAUGUAUUCAAUAUAAAUUUGGUUGAAAACGAAGGUUACCUAAAGUACUUAAAAUUUAAAAAAACUGUAGGGAGCCACCUUAAAUGGUUCAUUUCCAAACAAGGUACCUUUUUCGCGAGUUUUGUUGACGAAGUGGUAAUCGCGAAAAAGGUGGGAAAUUUUCGAUUUCCACUUUUCAUGAAAAACUAGACAACGUCAAAAAAGGUGGGGAUAUUGAGAAAGCGACAAUGUGAUGGAAACGUUCAAAAUACUUGGGUAUUCUUUUUUAAAAAGGUAUGUUUUCUGACGUUGUGGCAAAACAUUUCAUAACAUGAAAAAAGGUGAGAUAUUUGCGCUAAUCAACCGAAGUAAAGAAGUGAAAUCCUGAAAGUUCUACAACAUUCUGUUUUCAAUUUUCGGAAUUUAGUAAAAAGCAGAAUUGCCGAAAACCACCACUGAUUCAUAAGGCGCGAUUCGAUGAUAAAUUUCCUGCUCAGGUGGCACAAACUUAGCUUUUUGAUUGGACAUUUUGAAUUUAAAGUAUAAUAUUGUUAUAUAGACAGUAGACACUGGUAAUUCAAGUAGACACUGGUAAGCUAACGAUAAAGAGAGGUUUAUCAUUGUAAUAUGUAUAUAUAUAUGAGAGUAAAUAAAGUUCCAUUAUUAUUACUAUUACGAUGAUGAUGAUGAUAAUGAUGAUAUCUAAUUUUAACAUCCACUUUUAGUGAAACCUUUAACAUGUUUGGUUGCAAACUGGUGGGAUAGUUUCGACCGAGAAGGCUGGUCAAAUUGUAGCGACAAGAAUCUUUUUAUCACUGGUGUUUUUCGAAAUCACGAACUGAUUGGCCAGUUCAUCUAUCUAAUUGAAUACGCAAGAUGCUGUAGUUCGAUACCAGCGUUUAAGGGGCAGAGCAGUGAUUGUAAGAUAGCCAACUGGCGGGCGUCUCUGGACAGGUAUAAUAUUAUGGGUAAAUAUUAAAAUAGCAUUUAAUGCACUGAUGCGCUACCAGGCAGUAGAUGCGAGGCAACUUCAGAAAUGUUGAUACUUACUGGAGCAAGAAAAUUAUAGUGCUUAUAACAAGAAAUUUCACCCAACCUUUUCUUGAUUGCAUUGCAAAGACUUAAAAUGACUAUAUAACCUCUUUGGUAGAAUACUUGCAGCUCUCUUCCUUCCCAAAGUAUUCAACACUGUUUGAUAUGCAAAUAUCAUGAGUGCGACAUCACACUGCGUUAAUUUUGAAAUUGGUUAAAAUAUUCUACACACAGAUACGGAGGCCUAAUGAUUACAUGGUUUAUGUACUGUUUAAUAAAAGAGCAGGAGUGUUCAGUUAUUAGGUUUAAAGACACGAGCGCGGAGCGCGAGUGGCUUUAGACCUAAUAAACACGACCUGCGAGUUUAUUAAACGGCUUCAAACACGACUAUACAAAUUCAAUAGAUAUACCGCCUUAUUAGUAUUCUUUAUAUAAAAAAUACUAAUGAGGACACGACAACAAUAGAGACUGCCUUAUUAGUAUUCUUUAUAUAAAGAAUACUAAUUAGGAGUGUUUUAUGGGGGUCUAUUAUAGGGGUUACGCAUCUCCGAAAACCGAGCUGUUUUUCAAAUUUUAACCGCAAACCGCGCAUUCACUUCUCUUUUAAACGUAACCGCGUUUAAACCGAGGCAUAUGUGGUAACAUAUUUCGAAACAUACUCCGCAAAUGUGAGGCAAUAGACCAAUAGUCAGUAUGUAUAGUCGCCAUUUCUAUUGGAGUAUUGAAAAGGGAGCCGUUCACAAGUUUCACGCGAACUUGGUAGUAUAAAAUUUGGCAAUUGGCAAAGCAAAGGAAGCCUUAGCAGUCUAAAUAGCUAGGUUUUCCUUUCAUCGCUGCUUACGUUUUGUGUGAGAAACAAUCAAGUUGCUUUGAUUUCAUUUUUUCGGGAAAAUAUUUGUUACUUUGAGACUGAUUUCAGUUUGUAAUUAGUAGCAAUCGGCAAGUCAGAAAAUUAAAAAGCAGGUUUUACUUUUACAGAAUAAUUUUUCCUGCAAUAAUUUCACAACCUCCGGUAAUUUUUCCCCUCGAAUUUUUAACAAAUUAAGCGGAAUUUUUGGUGUUCCGGUGUUCCGUGUUCCGGUGUUCCUGAUUUUACUAAUAGCCCGGCCACUUUGCCUAUUUGAUAUCGUCAUUUCGAGACCCUGUGGAACAACACACAAGCGUGAUCGGAAGAUGACUGCCAUGAACUGAAUUAUUGCCAUGAGCUCGUAAAAUAUUUCUUAACCGCAUGUUAAAAACUAUCCGAAAACCGCUAUUUAUUUCAGUCAAUAACCGAAUCCGGAGGGCUAAUUUCAACAUUUUCCGUCUCCGCACGAUUUCCAGUUAACCGCAAACCGUACAAAACAACUGGAUAUAACCGAAAUCCGACCUCAAAAUAUGGCUAAAUCCGCAUAACCGCGAAACUAUAAUAGACCCCCUUUUAUCAGGUUUAAAGCCACUGCACGUGACAUAUUAUAGUUGUCAUGAUUUGCCAAUAAGCUUAUGAAUUAUUAAUGAGUGUUUGAAGCACUAUUUAAAACACGAGUAGGAGUGUUUUAUCAGAUAUAAAACGCGACAACAAGUGUUUUGAAUAGCUUAAAAUACGACUACAAAAGAAUACUAAUUAGGAUGAACAAUUAUAUAAUCAUACUAAUUAGGAUGAACAAUUAUAUAAAUGGAUAUACACUCAGAGUAACAUCACAAACAUCAUAUUCACCUGAGUACACAACACCAACACAGAAAAAAUCAUACUACCAGACUACAUUGGUAUCGAAGGAACUAGAUUCUGUUCCGAAAUAUUACUUACUCGAACCAACCUGACCGCGUAGCUCAGUUGGCAGAGCAUUGGGCUAGUAUUUAAGGGCGGCUUAGCCCUCCUGUGAACAUUGGUACGGAUGCUGUAACGCCGCCAGUUUAAAUUCACUUAAGGAAUAUUUCAUUGACCGUGAUGUUGGUAAUUUAGUUCAUUUUGCCUUUUAGGCAGCGAUCAACAUCAUACUACUGCCUUACUCUGAUCUUUUUUGGGGCCGGGGCUUAACUUACCUCUAGGGGAGGCUAUCAUAGCUCCCCUCUCCCACCGCUCCGCCGCCUAAAAGACAAAGUAUUGACAUUAUUAGCUAUGUUUAAAGCGGAAAAUCCGGGAAUUUAUAACAAAAAGAUAAAAGAACAUAUAAAUGUAAUGUCUGAUUGUGAGUUGGCUGAAGAACCUUAACAAGUUAAAAUUAAUAUUGAUGUAAAUUGGGUGAGAAAUUUGCUUUUCUCGACGAUGUCAAAAAAAAACAAAUGCAUGUUGCAAUUUAUGAAUAAAUGCUUCAUUACUUUUGCCAGGAAGUAAUGUUUUCACCUGCGAGUAUUUUGUUUUCACCAAAAUAUCGCCAGCGCAGUCUUUGACUGCCUCUUGUAUUCUAAUGUGACCUGCUUCUAUUUCAAUAUAGGAAUAACCAGUGGAGCUUUUGCCCUUCGGGUUACUUUCUAAACGGGUUAUAUCGUACCAGUGGCCACAGCUUACAUUACAUCGAAAAAGGCCGCUGCUGUAGACCCAGUAAUCAUCCUGACAGAUAUGGAUCGUGUUAUAAUGAAGACAUUGCAGUAUCAUUUAAUACAGAAGGAUGGUCAAGCUGUUCAAAGGCUGGGUACUAUAUCACUGGAGUUUAUCGUGGAUCUGGCGAAGACACGCUUGACAAUAUUGACAAAUUUAAAUGCUGUCAAAUGGCUAUAGGUAAAGGAGAAUAAAAUAAUCUCACCCAACGCUAUAAUCGCCCUAUGUUUUAAAUGGUUUGAGUCCUUUCGUAAUUAUAAAGUAAAGCGGUUUAUAUGAGUUAAGUGGUGAUUUAAAAUCAUCUCAGCGCCACAAAAUUGGCCCCCAAGUAUAGAAAAUGUCAUUCUAGAGAACCAAGAUUUAAUAAUUUCUCGCGUGAGCCUGAAACCUGGUUCGUGUGCACACGCAAAAAUCUCACAUCUUGUAGCAAGUCUGCCAACAAGCCUUCAACAAGUUGUGUUCGCACCGCUUGUCCCAAGUUGUCAACAAGUUUGGAAAAAUUUGUUCAAAAUUGAUUCAGCCCUUGGACUGGAUCGAAAUGAAUUAAGUAGCGAUUUAUUCGUAUGAGUUGUCAUUUCAAAUCCUCCAAUUUGGACUGGACUAGAUUUCAAGUCCUCGGCUUCACGUCGAACUUGAUCAAAUUGCGCGGACUUGAUUUGAAAUGACUCGGAUUUGAAAUAUUACAUAACAACGUGUGCGUUUUUGCGUGUGUAGAUUAUUGCGUGCGAACUAUGUAAGGCAUGGAAACCUUGGUUGUCUCCAAAAGGUUCAGUGACCAAGUUUUACUACGAAUGAUCUAAGCCAAUACAAAAAUGUUUCGGCCUUCCUGCACACCCCCACCCCCCUGAUCGCACUCUAUACAAACAAAGAACGUCACUCGUUGGUAACUAUUCGUAGAUCGUGGUUCCGAAAUGGCAAUGAAAAAGCCGAUUGAACUCGGAUUAUUAAAAAUAAUAUAUUUAUUUUAUCUAGACGCUGUCUCUGAACCAUCUGAGCCGACAGUAACCAUCAGCCAACCUAAAUCCCCACAGACAACAACAAAUGAAUAUUCGCCUGUUACAGUGAUAACAGUAACACCAAGUAUAUUUUAUAAUUUGCAUCUUUAUUUUUAUUUCAUUGCAUCAACGUCUUCAUUUCUACGCGUGCACGUUUCCCCCGUCGACCACAUAUCUUUCCCCCGUCGACCAUAAUAUUAUAAGCAAGUACAAUAAUUAUGAUUUACAUUACAAUACAUUACUAACAAACAACUUUUUUCAGAUAUAAUACAAGCUCCUUUACGAGUCAUGGUUUCCUUUUUUUCAUGAAUUAUUCACACAACUUUUACUUUUCCCUUUCCUAAAGUCAUCAAAAGACAAUUUUAUUUCUGCAAUAGAAUUGCCUUGAAAAGUUGAACUAUUUUAUUUAAUGUUUUAGAAACGAAAAUCCCUGCCAGCUCAGAUGAAGAAAGUUCCGGCUCAAACAUCUCAAACAAAAUUUUUAUUGCUUUGUUUUGCACCGUUCUUGUUGUCAUUGUUUUUCUUGGCAUUGUUGUGGGAUGUCUGUGGAAGAAACUGCGGAGGUCAGUUAAAGUCGUUUCUGACCUUUUCUUUUAUUCCUUUCCUUCAUAUUUAGAUCCUCACUUACAAAAUGUGUCUGGUCUGCUCUCCUUCGUCUCUUCUUAUUACGUGUGCAUAUCAUCUUAAAUCUUGUUUCCCUCACCUUCUCUGCACUGUCUACCACACACAUCUUCUUCUGAUCUCUUCAUUCAAUAAUAUCUCUGACCAGCUCACCUUUAUCUCUUAUUAUUUACAUGUCCAUACCAUCUCAACCUUGCUGCCUGCACCUUCCCUGCAAUGUCUACUACCUCACAUCUUCUGAUCUCUUCAUUCCAUAAUAUCUCUGACCAACUCUCCGUCAUCUCUUCUUAUUACGUGUUCAUACCACCUCAACCUUGCUUCCCUCAUCUUCUCUGCAAUGUCUACCACUCCACAUCUUCUUCUGAUCUCUUCAUUCCAUAAUGUCUCUGACCAGCUCUCCUUCAUCUCUUCUUAUUACGUGUCCACACCAUCACAACCUCGCUACCCUCACCUUCUCUGCGAUGUCUACCACCUCACGUCUUCUUCUGAUCUCUUCAUUCCAUAAUAUGUGAUGAACUCUUCUUCAUUUCUUGAAACAUGUUCUACACCAUCUCGGCUUCGAUUCCCUCACCCUCUCUGCAAUGUUUACCGCAACACAUCUUCGAUCGGUAGGAGGGGCAAGGUGGGGACGGGGGCGGGCAAAAGAGCUAUAUUAUUACGCAACAUUAUUUAUUUCUGCUCACGAUUUCAGAUACAAAUUGUGGUCAUCCAGUUUUUUGUAAGAUUUUUUCAUCGACAUAUCUAAACUUCAUCCAAUUCUGUAAUAUAAUUUAAUUGCCAGUAUUUUUAUCCUUUCUUAGAAAUCAAGACAACAACGUGAAUAUGAGAGGUAACGAGACUAUAUGUUCAAGAACAGAUAAACAAACAAAAGCGAAAUUUGAGAUGAAACUUCAGAUAAAUUAGUGCAAUUCUAAAAUCGUAACUGAAAGCAGUUUGUGUCGUAAACCACUCCAGCUCGUAUUUUAAAUAUAUCCAAUGCGUCGGGUUAAUUUCAUGUACAAUGUUCUUGAAAAGUUUUAGAAAUGCAAACGACUGAUGAACAGAGUGGAGCAGCUUCCAGAAAUGACGUCUCGCCACAUGAGAUAGUGAUAGACACUGGUGUAAAUAAUAAUGGAGCUUCGUUUACAACAUCAGGGAACAACAACUAUGAAAAUUCAUCAGGUGCGUAUGUAAAAACGCACAAGUUGUUACAGGUCUGCAAACCAGUUGUUACAAGUCUGUUCACAAGCUGACGACAAGUUGUGUUCGCACUGCUUGUUCCCAUGCAAAAACUUGGAACAAGUUUGGAACAAGCCGGUAACAACUUGUAACAAGCUUGAUAGCUUUAUCAGACACAAGUUUGGAACAAGCUGGUAACAACUUGUAAUAAGCUGAUAGCAUUAUCAGACUUGUUACGAGGUUGUUCUAACAAGUUUGAUACAAUCAUGAUAUAACAAGAAUGUUACAUGGUUGAUGAUACAAGGUUGUAACAAUAUUGUUAUAUCAUGACUGUAUCAGACAUGUUGGAACAACCUUGCAACAAGUCUGAUAAUAUCAACAAGCUUGUUACAACUGUUAACAAGUUGUUCCAAACUUGUUGACAACUUGGGACAAGCAGUGCGAACACAACUUGUUGACGGCUUGUUAGCAGACUUGCUACAGGAUGUGAGACUUUUGCGUGUGCACAUAUACCAAAAAUGAUUUUAAUCUUGAUGGUCCUAAGAGAUCAAAACUUUAACCAGUGAUUAUUUGUCAUUGACCUCAUAAAGACCUGGAACGGUACCUUCGCAGAAAAUAUCCUCUAUAUAUACAACGAGAAGUCACUCAGAGACUGUAUACGUCCGUCAGCGAAUUAAGUUAUGUAUCAUGCAUAAAUUAUACAAUGGGCUAAUUAUGUAUUCAGUUUACUCUACCUGGCCAAGCAAGACAAACUUUUGCUAAUUUCGCAUAUAAUUUUCAUCUAAAUUUAACCCAAAUUUAAUCAAUUUGUCUAAUAUACAUAAUUCGUGCUGAUAUACAUACACACAUACACAAACACGAGGUAAUAAUGAAAAGGACCUUUCAAGGUGAUUCAUCAGUUUUGCAUUGCGCACUUUUAAUUUUUUUUAAAAAAAUAAAUAAAAAGUGCGCAAUGCAAAACUGAUGAAUCACCUUGAAAGGUCCUUUUCAUUAUUACCUCAUGUGUGUGUUUGUGUAUUGCGCACUUUUUCUGCGAUAUUGAUCUAAUAACAAAUUCUAGCUAACAUAUGUAGUCGAACUGCAAUGUAAGGUCAUAAAGUGAUAAAGAAAGAGUAAUGGCAAAAAGAAAAACACUGUGCAUUGAUUAGGCGUGCUUCAAGAAAUAUACGUUCAAAAAUGACAGAACUCUGGCUAGGGCUUUUCUGUGUAACUAUCACUAAACCACGUCGUGUUCCAUGUUUAACACUUGUAUCUCCUUAAUUUAAGUAGGUCUGUGACCCUACCUCUUUAUUUCGAAUUUUUGUUCUACGUCCAUCUUUGCACCACGACAAUACACGUCAAUGGUAUUUAUUUCGCUAGAAUACCAUGUUUUCUUCUAUAUGAUCACUAGAUAGACAUUUUUAGUAGGAUCCUUGUUAAAAAAAUUCAAUAACGGUUGAGCAAUUGCUACUGUUCGUGCAACUCGUAAAAGGGUCAAGAUGGCGCCAUAUGCUGGGGGCCAGAAAAGGUGGCAUAUUGCAGUUGUCAUAUCUUCCAAACGAGUUCGCUGACCUGUUUUUACUAUGAGCAUAUCAUAAACUUCACCCCUGGGAAGUUUCAGCAAAUUCUCAUUUCCAGAACAAUUACUGAUGAAUCACCUUAAAAUUAGUUACCAUUGUCUUUCUUUUUAUAGCUAUUUAUGAAGAAGCGAACUACCAGCCUCUCCAAAGAAACCUUUAG